AUGAGGCAGUAUGAAGACUUAGGCCACAUGACGCCGGUGCGAGCUGACCAAGCUGCCGGGGAUCGUGUAAGCUACCUGCCUCACCACGGGGUUCUGCGGGAGGCCAGUUCCAUCACGAAGCUGCGUGUGGUCUUCAAUGGUUCUACGACGGUCCUGUCCGGCGAUUCUCUCAACCGGAGCCUCCUGGUGGGCCAGAACCUGCUGCCUCCACUCGCCGACGUUCUCCUGAGGUGGCGGCUUUCUCGCUACGUCCUUGCCAUAGAAAAAAUGUACCGACAGAUUCUGGUCCACCCUGAGAACCGGGAUCUUCAGCGCAUCCUGUGGCGAUACCAUCCCCAGGACGAGGUGAUGGAGUAUCACCUAAACACCGUUACUUACGGGUUGGCGUGCGCUCCAUUCUUGGCGAUGCACACUCUUCUCCAGCUGGCCAACGACGAGGCUGAGAACUACCCCCUAGGAGCUCGAGCACUUCGUGGGAAAGUUUACAUGGACGAUAUCUUAACCGGCGCCUCUACCUUGGAGAAGGCAUGCGAGCUGCAACGGCAGCUGACUGGAUUGUGCAUGGCGGGCUUUCCCCUGCGCAAGUGGUCGGCAAACGAUGCAGCUAUCUUAGCUGACGUUCCUGCGGAGCACCGGAUGCAGCGGGACCUUGUCGGGAUUGGCGGCCACACAAGACGCAAGGGACUUUUGGUCUGCGAGGCCACAUUGACUGACGUCACCAAGAGAUCGGUGCUCUCAUUUACCGCACGCCUCUUUGAUCCCCUCGGUUGGCUGGCUCCUGUGGUGGUGAGAGCAAAAAUCGCCUUUCAGGCUACCUGGCUGCUGGGAUUAGCGUGGGACGACCCGCUGGACGAGGCUGCCGCUCGACAGUGGCAUGCCUACGCGGAGGAGCUUCCUCGGCUCGAAUGUAUCCAAGUUCCUCGCUGGUUGGACGUCGCAUGGCCGGCCGACGCUGCGGAAAUCCAUGGCUUUGCCGACGCUUCUGAGCGUGCCAACGCGGCGGUGCUAUACAUGAGGACCAGCGUCGGCGAUUCUUGGCGGACGAAUCUGGUGGCGGCCAAGACCAAGGUCGCUCCUCUGAAAACGGUUUUGCUGCCUCGGUUGGAGCUGUGUGCCGCCGCUCUCCUGGCUAAACUCACCUCUCAUGUCUGUUCCGCGCUCAGCCUGGAUCGGCUUCGGAUCCACCUGUGGUCGGACUCCACGGUUGCCUUGGGAUGGAUACGCGGUCACCCGACCCGAUGGAAAACUUUUGUAGCCAACCGCGUGGCCGAUAUUCAAACCAGGGUCCCGGACGCUCUGUGGCACCACGUGCCUGGGCUCAAGAAUCCUGCCGACUGCGUCUCUCGUGGUUUGUCCCCCGAAGAGCUAGUGGAGCAUUCUCUCUGGUGGCAGGGGCCGCCGUGGCUCCGGACGGCUCCCUCGACAUGGCCCUGCGAUGCUGCCAUGCCCGACGAGGAUGGCUAG